AGGUUUCUUUUAAAAGUGACUGAAGAGAAUAACUCAAAAUGCCGGAAAAUCCAGCUCCAAACAUAAUAGAUAGACUGCAGGUCCUGCAGGUGCUUGACCGCCUGAAGAUGAAGCUGCAGGAGAAGGGUGACACGUCCCAGAACGAGAAACUGUCGACGUUUUAUGAGACUCUGAGGAGCCCGCUUUUCAACCAGAUACUCACCCUUCAGCAGUCCAUCAAGCAGCUGAAAGGACAACUCAGUUACAUGCCUUCCGAUGGGUCCACCAAUUUUGACUUUUCUAGGAAAGGAUUUUUGGUGUUUACAGAUGGUUCCAUUACUAAUGGAAAUACCCACCAGCCAGCUGGCAACUCGACUGCAUCUGGGCUGUUUCCUUGGACCCCUGAGUCAGGAAAUGAAGACUUCCACUCAGUUAUUCAACAAAUGGCUCAGGGCCGGCAAGUUGAAUUCAUAGAUAUACAGCGGCCUUCCACGGGAGGCCUUGGAUUCAGUGUGGUAGCCAUUCGAAGACAAAACCUGGGAGAAGUUGAUAUCUUCGUGAAAGAAGUACAGCCAGGGAGUGUAGCAGACAGAGAUCAAAGGUUAAAGGAAAAUGACCAAAUACUGGCCAUUAAUCGCACACCACUGGAUCAGAAGAUUUCCCAUCAGCAAGCAAUUGCAUUAUUACAACAAACCUCUGGAUCUUUGUGCCUGGUUGUAGCCAGGGACCCAGCCCAUUCAAGAAGCCGUACUUCCACCAGCCUAAGUGGUACAACUCUGCCUGAAACUGCUUGUUGGGGCCACAUUGAAGAUGUGGAGCUCAUCAAUGAUGGCUCCGGAUUAGGUUUCGGGAUAGUUGGAGGAAAAUUGAGUGGCGUGGUUGUGAGAACUAUAGUUCCUGGAGGAUUAGCAGAUCGAGAUGGAAGACUCCAGACAGGGGACCACAUCUUGAAGAUUGGUGGCACAAACGUGCAGGGAAUGACCAGUGAGCAAGUUGCACAAGUGCUGAGGAACUGUGGGAAUUCAGUCAGGAUGCUCGUUGCUAGAAACCCAGUUGGUGAAAUUUCAGUAACCCCUCCUACUCCUACAACCUUGCCUAUUGUCGCACUGCCUGUCAAGGCCAACAAGCGUUCUGGUCCUGACAGUUCUCCUUUUGAAACAUAUGAUGUUGAGCUCAUCAAGGAAGAUGGACAGAGCCUUGGCAUUAGAAUUGUGGGCUACGUUGGAACCUCCCAAACAGGGGAAGCUUCAGGGAUUUAUGUGAAAAAUAUUAUACCUGACAGUGCUGCAUACCACAACGGUCAAAUUCAAGUGAAUGACAAAAUUGUUGCCGUUGACGGUGUGAAUAUACAAGGUUUUACCAACCAAGAUGUUGUGGAAGUAUUACGAAAUACAGGACAGGUGGUACACCUAACUUUAGUUCGAAGGAAGACAUCCUUACCAGAUUCGCCACGUGAACCACCUUCAGAACGGGAAACUGCUGUAGAACCUCCCAAAGCGCCAGCCCUCUUUCUAAGUGGAGUUGUGGAAACUGAAACUAAUUUGGAUGCUGAAGAAGAAGAAAUUGAAGAAAGACUGGAUAAUCCAAAAAACGACAAUGCACAAAUCGUAGAAAAACAGGAAAGAGUUUUGGACUCUCCUGAAAAUGAGCUGAAAUCCAGAUGGGAAAAAUUGUUGGGUCCUGACUAUGAAGUGAUGGUCACCACUCUGGACACUCAGAUUGCAGAUGAUGCUGAGUUACAGAAGUAUUCAAAGCUGUUGCCUAUCCAUACUCUGAGGCUCGGUGUGGAAGUAGAUUCCUUCGAUGGACACCAUUACAUCUCCUCUAUUGUUCCAGGCGGCCUUGUGGCUACGCUGAGUCUCCUUCAACCAGAGGAUGAGCUGCUGGAGGUCAAUGGUGUGCAGCUCUAUGGGAAAUCUCGCCGGGAAGCAGUCGCCUUUCUCAAAGAAGUGCCACCCCCCUUUACCAUGGUGUGCUGCCGACGGUUAUUUGAUGACGAUGCCUCUGUAGAUGAACCAAGGAUCAUUGCACCCUCUCCUGAGCUGGAGGGAGAACACAAGGUCGAUGUCAGCAUUGAAGAAGAAGAUGAUGAUGAUGAUGGAGAAUUAGCUCUGUGGUCUGCUGAAGUCAAGGUCGUUGAACUUGAGAAAGAUGACAAAGGCCUGGGACUCAGCAUUUUGGAUUACCAGGAUCCCUUGGAUUCUACAAGGUCAGUGAUCGUGAUUCGUUCUCUGGUGGCGGAUGGCGUAGCAGACAGAAGUGGAGAACUUCUACCUGGAGAUCGCUUGGUCUCAGUCAAUGAACACUCCUUGGACAACUUGUCACUUGCUGCAUCUGUGGAAAUCCUGAAAGCAGUUCCAUCAGGGAUUGUACACCUUGGCAUCUGCAAGCCUUUGGUGGAAGACGGCAAAGAGGAACAGAGUCAUCAUAUUUUACAUCCAGGCAAUAAUGAAUAUGAGACUGGAUUUUCAGAAGCAGUUAAUGAUGCAGAUCCACGCUUUAUUCUCGAAGCACCCAAGGAAUUUAGAGAUGAACCCUAUUUUAAAGAAGAACUGGUGGAUGAACCCUUUCUAGAUCUGGGAAAGUCUUUCCAGUCCCAACAAAAAGAGAUUGACACCAGCAAGGAGGCCUGGGAGAUGCAUCCCUUCCUGCCUCUUAGAAUGAUGGGUGAAGAACGAGAAAUGCUUGUUGAUGAAGAAUAUGAGAUGUAUCAAGACCAUCUGCAGUCCAUGGAGUUGUAUUCCACGCCACAUGUUCAUGAGGCCACUCCUGUUCCCUCCGUGGAAGAUCUUCACUUUGGUACACAGUGGUUACAUGAUAACACAUCAGCUGAGCCUGCAGAAGCAAGAUCCAUGAUGAGUGCAUACACCCAGGAGACCCUUCAGUAUGGCUACAGCCCUGAGGACAUGAUGAAAGAAAAUUUUGGCAUUGAUCUUCUAGCCUCUAUAACCUCAACUGAAGCCAACAGCCAACAAGGCAGCUUUGACGAUCUGGAAAAUCUCAAUUCGUUAACGGAAAGCAGUCUGGAUUUAGAUGUGAUGAUUCCAGAUGCUAUUCAAGGGCCCAGCUUGCUUGUUGACCUUCCUGCUGUGGCUCAAAGAAGGGAUCCAGAAGAAUUGCCUUUAUAUCAACUCCCCAGGACACAAGUGGUUUCAAAAGUCUCAGCACACCCAGGAAUGCUGUCUGCAAGAUACGCCACCAGUGCAUGUGACUUACCUGAGAGAGAAGAAGGUGAAGGAGAAGAAACUCCAAACUUCAGCCACUGGGGCCCUCCACGGAUUGUUGAGAUUUUCAGAGAACCCAGCGUUUCCCUGGGAAUCAGUAUUGUUGGUGGACAAACGGUUAUAAAGCGUCUCAAGAAUGGUGAAGAGCUUAAGGGUAUAUUUAUCAAACAAGUUUUAGAAGACAGCCCAGCGGGAAAAGCUAACGCUCUGAAAACCGGCGAUAAAAUACUCGAGGUGUCGGGGGUAGAUUUGCAGAACGCCUCACACGGCGAAGCAGUGGAGGCCAUUAAGAACGCAGGAAACCCAGUGGUGUUUGUGGUCCAGAGCCUGUCACCCACUCCCAGAGUCAUUCCUGGUGUCCAUAAUAAAGUCAGCAAAAUCAUCAGUAACCAGAGUCAAGACAACCAAGGAAAAAAAGACAAGGGGCGAAGGACUGCGCCCCCUCCAAUGAAGCUGCCCCCUCCUUACAAAGCUCCGUCCGACGACAGUGACGACGAGGAGGAAGGAUACGCCUCUACUGACAAAAAACUCAGGCAAAGAUAUGCAGACUUGCCUGGAGAACUGCAUAUCAUUGAACUUGAGAAGGAUAAGAAUGGGCUUGGACUCAGCCUUGCUGGUAAUAAAGACAGGUCACGCAUGAGCAUAUUUGUAGUGGGAAUUAACCCUGACGGGCCUGCUGCCACCGAUGGAAGAAUGCGUAUCGGAGACGAACUGUUGGAGAUAAACAACCAGAUUCUCUUUGGAAGAAGUCACCAAAAUGCAUCCGCCAUUAUCAAGACCGCCCCAACAAAGGUGAAGCUGGUUUUCAUUAGAAAUGAGGAUGCAGUCAGUCAGAUGGCCGUUGCUCCCUUCCCGCUGCCAUCACGUUCCCCAACGCCUACUGAGGAUCAAAGUGGCACCGAACCUGCCAGUAGUGGAAAAGAUGGCAGCCUGGAAGUGGGUAUUAAGCAGUUGCCUGACAGGGGAAGCUCCAGACUGGAAGACACCCCAGAAGUGGUUGCUCAAGGCAUGGCGGAAGAUCAGCAGAACGCAUUGGAGAGUCCAGGAGACAAGACUCCAGGGGCAGCCUGGUGCUUCACUGCCUCCACCGGAAUCUUCCAGCGGGGCAUGGGUUCCCUGGUUAACUUCAGAUCCAGAAGGCAGGCUGCCAGCGAGAUGAAACAGCAGAAUUGCUCCACAGAAGACGCCUUCACGUCCCGUGACCCGGCUUUAUCCCCCACUCCGUCCCCGUGCUCCGUGGAGGCAGAGUCUACAGGCUGUGAUGAGUUCCAGGCCCCGCUGUCAGUGGAUCCUGCGACGUGCCCCAUUGUCCCUGGCCAGGAAAUGAUUAUAGAGAUAUCCAAGGGGCGUUCAGGCCUUGGGCUCAGCAUCGUGGGAGGAAAAGACACACCCCUGGACGCCAUCGUUAUACAUGAAGUCUACGAAGAAGGAGCAGCAGCCCGGGAUGGGAGACUUUGGGCGGGUGACCAGAUAUUAGAGGUUAAUGGGGUUGACUUACGGAGUGCCAGCCAUGAGGAGGCCAUCACAGCCCUGAGGCAGACCCCACAGAAGGUGCGGCUGGUGGUGUAUCGCGAUGAGGCCCACUACAGAGAGGAGGAAAACUUGGACAUCUUUCCGGUGGACCUGCAGAAGAAGACUGGCCGAGGACUGGGGCUCAGCAUUGUUGGGAAAAGAAACGGAAGUGGGGUGUUUAUUUCUGAUAUUGUGAAAGGCGGAGCUGCAGAUCUUGAUGGGAGGUUGAUUCAGGGAGACCAGAUCUUGUCUGUGAAUGGAGAGGACAUGAGAAGUGCCUCGCAGGAGACCGUGGCCACUCUCCUCAAGUGUGCUCAGGGGCUCGUGCAGCUCGAGAUUGGGAGACUUCAAGCUGGUUCCUGGCCCUCCUCGGGGAGGACAUCCCAGAAUCGCCAGGGGAGUCGGGGGAGUCAGCAGAGCACACACAGCUUCUUCCUUCCAUCCAUCGCCCCGUGCAUUUCCAGCCUCCAGAGCCUGGUCGGCCCCAAAAGAGCGUCCAACCCUUCUCCCCCAGAUCCAGGCAUAGAUACAGGACCAAGGACCGUUGAGAUCAUCAGAGACCUCAGCGAUGCCCUUGGAAUCAGUAUUGCUGGAGGAAAAGGAAGUCCCUUAGGAGACAUCCCUAUAUUUAUUGCCAUGAUUCAGGCCAGUGGAGUGGCAGCACGUACACAGAAGCUCAAAGUUGGAGAUCGAAUUAUCAGCAUUAAUGGGCAACCUUUGGAUGGGCUGUCUCACGCGGAUGUGGUGAAUCUGCUAAAGAAUGCCUAUGGGCGCAUUAUCCUUCAGGUUGUAGCAGACACCAAUAUAAACGCCAUAGCGACUCACCUGGAAAGCAUGUCUACAGGCUACCAUCUUGGCUCACCCACUGCGGAGCGCCAUGCAGAAGACACAGAAACACCUCCACCUAAGAUUAUUACUAUGGAGAAAGGCUCUGAAGGAUUGGGGUUUAGUAUUGUAGGGGGUUAUGGAAGUCCCCAUGGAGACCUGCCAAUUUAUGUCAAGACUAUAUUUGCAAAGGGAGCAGCCGCAGAUGAUGGCCGAUUGAAGCGAGGUGAUCAGAUUUUAGCGGUCAAUGGUGAGACUCUGGAAGGCGUUACUCACGAGCAAGCCGUGGCCAUUCUAAAACGCCAGCGAGGGACCGUGACUUUGACUGUGUUGUCAUGAGCCUUGGCUAGUCCUGCAACAGAUGCUGUUCUUGGAGAAUACCCACAGGAAGAUGCAUUCUGAAUGGGAACAAAAAGCAGCCUCAACUCAUCCACUUGCUUUGUCACCGUCCCAUCCUCUCUGCUCGGGGAGGUGGCUGGGGUCCCCUGGGAACAAUGUGAAAUCAAGUCAACAGCGACUCCCGAAUGAUUCCCAGUGUCGGACACCUGUUGGUAAGGCUAAUUUCAAAAACUGGAAUGAGGCCUACCUGUUUAGCACUUAACACUGCAGUUUAUUGACCAGUAGCAACUGAUUCUGAUUAUAUAAAGGGGCUUCAAAAAGUUCAUGGGAAGAUGAAAUUAAAACAUGAUGGAAUUUUCCCACGAAUGAACACCUUGAAGCUCCCUCUCGUAUUUGACCAAAGUGAAGUCAACAAUCCCUCCUUCCUUAAGCCCUUCGCCUCCUUCCCCAGCUCACACAGAGGCUGAACACUGCUUCAGCUCUCCCCCAAGGACGUUCUCCUCACUGCUUAGGGGACUUGUCAUCUAACUCAUGAUUUGCUCACACUAAUUGUUUCUGAGUGGGCCGGGAAACAUUCGCAGCGUAAUCAAUUUAGCAGCGAGCCCCAGGAUGAAAUGCCAGGUUCUCCUAUGAGAAAUCAUUGUGUUGUCUUCUGUAUAACUUAUAACCAAAUAAUUUUCAAAUUCAUGUCUCUGGAUAGAUCUUUAUAAGUUAGUCAGUGGUGAUUUUGAUGAGUCUAUUAGGAGAGUAUUAGAUGAAAACAUAUAUUAUCUUCUAAAAAUUCUGAAAAGCUUUUCGAUUGUUUUCUAGCUACAUCAAUGCAUACCACUGAGCAAAUGCACCUUCUCAGCAGGGUCGAUUAGCAUCUGUGUUCUGAAUUCUAACACUGCUACCUUAGGUUCAGGUCUGGGAAGUCCAUCGGAAUUUAAUGGCACCUAAGUAGGCAGGCAUUAAAGUACCCCUACCCCUCCGUGGUCAGAACCCCAGAACCACACUGCAGAGAUCAGCAAGUCCUCCUUCAAAUCAGACGGGUCUGGGGAGUCUUGUGACAAAUUUGAUUAUCUUCCCCCUUGAGCUCCCCAACAGCAAAUCUAGCAGUCCAGACCUUGAUGGAACCGAGAGGGAGCAACAAGGUUUGCCAUUAACAGAGCACACGAACUUGGGCCACAGGGGAGGAAAUGGUUGACGCAUGUCUCCCAGGAGCCUGCCAUUUGUGGAAGUUCUGCUAAGAAAGAAAACACAGCUGACACUCACAGAACACCCCUCAAGUUCAUCGUCAACAUGUUUAUGCGGGUACCAGCCAGAGAAAAGAGGAAAGGCUUACUAGUGAAAGUUCCAGGGUGCCCAGAAAUGUACGGUGGAGGAUGAACACCGGGGUCAGUCGUAGAGGCAGUAGUUCAGCAUUAUUUAAAACACAGUGCUGCAAAUGGUUCCCAGCCAUUAUCAAUGUAAAGGGUUAUUUAAUAAGCCUAGAUUUUAACUGAGAAUUUCCUUGGCGUAGAUGUAAUCACAAAGUGCAUUAACUCUUGUUGGAAUCUUUUGUGACUAUUCCAAAGUAGAGUGCCUGAGUUUUAUGUUGAAAAUGUCUUUCAUGACUGGUGUUAUGUUUUCUGAAACUACACAUGGCUUUGGAAAUGUACCAUGUAUGCGAGUCUGAUAUAAUCAAGAUACACAGUGUAGAAUCUCACCUUCCGAUGCAUGAGAAGCUACCAACCUCCAAACUCUCCUGUGUUAAUUGCAUCUGCAAGAACACCUCAGGUGGCCAUGAAGAAAUGAAGCCCCAAUACAACUUAUAAAUGCAACUUGAAAAUGAAAUGUGAUUCUGCUUGAUUGUGACGGAAUGGCCAUUAAAUGCACAUUUUGAACUGA